GCUGGGAAACUUGAAAUCUCUAUUUAUACGAGGGGUCACCUUCUUGGGCUUCUCAUUCAAACGCGUUAAUUAGUUUCGAGUAUCUAUCUACUCAUUCAGUCUUUGGGUCAUCAAUUCCAUACAGAGAAGAGAGUGAGUGUGAGUGAGAGUGCAAGUUUGAGUUUUACACAAUAAGAUGGGAACAAAAACAGAGGAAGGAGUAGAUUACACGUUGAUGGAGGGAGCAGCAGAAAAGGAGAGGCUGCAGUGUUGGAGCAUAAGGAGAGAAGUGAAAGCGGUGGUGGAGCUGGCGUUUCCGAUAGGAAUAACGGCGUUGAUAUUCUACGCGCGUUCCAUGGUAUCGAUGCUGUUCCUGGGACACCUGGGAGAGUUAGAACUGGCAGCAGGGUCCCUAGGAAUGGCGUUCGCGAACAUCACAGGUUAUUCGGUGCUGUCGGGUCUAGCACUUGGGAUGGAACCGAUGUGCUCGCAAGCCUUCGGAGCAAAACGCGUGAAGGUGUUGUCGUUGACCCUCCACCGCUGCGUCAUGUUCCUAUUAGUCUGCUCCAUCCCAAUAUCACUCCUUUGGCUCAACAUGUCCAGCAUCCUCCUUCUCUUGCACCAGGACCCAAACAUCACCCUCAUGGCCCACACCUACCUCAUCUUCUCCCUCCCUGACCUCCUCACCCACUCCUUCCUUCACCCAAUCCGCAUUUACCUUCGCGCCCAGGGCGUCACCCACCCGGUCACCUUAGCCUCCCUCGCCGGAACCCUCCUCCACCUCCCCUUCAACUACCUCCUCGUCACGCGCCUCCGCCUCGGCCUCGCCGGUGUCGCCGCUGCCUCCGCCGCUUCCAACCUCUCCAUCCUCCUCUUCCUCGGAGCCGCCGUUUGUUUCACCGGCCUGCACUGCGCCGCCCCGAGCCGAGACUGUUUCAGCGGCUGGAAGCCGCUGCUUCGGCUCGCCGCGCCGAGCUGCGUCUCUGUUUGCUUGGAGUGGUGGUGGUAUGAGAUCAUGAUCAUUCUUUGCGGGAUUCUCGUGGACCCCACCGCUACCGUUGCUUCCAUGGGAAUACUCAUUCAAACCACUUCACUCAUCUAUGUUUUCCCCUCCUCGCUUGGUUUCGCGGUUUCCACACGCGUCGGGAACGAGCUCGGAGCGAAUCGUCCUUCUCGAGCCAAAUUAUCCGCGGUGGUUUCUGUUUUUCUCGCCGCGAUUAUGGGGUUCUCGGCGAUGUUUUUCGCCGUCGGGAUGCGGCGGCGGUGGGGGAGGAUGUUCACCGCCGACGAGGACAUAAUAAGGAUCACGUCGAUGGCGCUGCCGAUCCUCGGGAUUUGUGAACUCGGGAACUGUCCGCAGACGGUGGGGUGCGGCAUCGUUAGAGGGAUGGCGCGGCCGAACACGGCGGCCAAUGUGAACCUGGGCGCGUUCUAUUUGGUCGGGAUGCCCGUGGCGGUGGGGCUUGGGUUCUGGUUUGACGUUGGGUUCUGUGGGCUGUGGCUGGGCCUGCUCUCGGCCCAGGUGUGUUGCGCGGGACUUAUGUUGUAUGUGAUUGGGACCACCGAUUGGGAGUUUGAAGCCCAUCGGGCCCAGUGGCUGACGUUGGUCGAAGAUGGAGUGAUGGACGGACAGAAACAGCCGUUGACAAGCGUUGUUACCGAGGCUCCCUCGACUUGAUCGUGCUGAUCCUCAUGGGGUUAUUCUGUAAUUUACUAAGGUCAAAGAAAGUGAAUUAUAACUAUAUCUUUUUUCCCACCCAUAUGGGAACUCGAUACAUAUACAGAGGAUAACUUAAAGGAAGUUAUUGUGUCUUUUCCCACAUUUGUAUUUUAUUAUAGCAAGGAUAUGUUUCAUUUCUUAUGUAACAGUAAGGCUAUAAACAUAUUGGCACAGGACGGAAGAGAAAGGCAUGUUUGCAUUGCAUGGUACUGUGGACUGUGGUGUCUCUCGUGAGGAGCUGCCACAAGGACCCAUAGUGAUUCUUGUGUUACCUCUUUACCUCCUCUACUCAAGUUACACUAUGCACAAAAUUAAUGUAUUCAUUUCAAAUAAUCAUUUUUUCAGUUUUGUCAUUGAUGAAGAACCAAGUCUAAGAGUGAUUUGUAAACACAUUC